UGUCAUACUUUAGUAAGGGAUUAAAUAAGGGUGUCUAGACUUAGUUCCAUCAAGCAGGUCGUUCCGUUAUAGAAAUCUCCACUCGCUAGCUCGCAACGUUGGCGGCAGGGAAUGAUACAAGAUCCACUUGAUACCACAAAAAUGCUCAAGCGAUUGGUCACCGAGAUUUCUUAACACUUUUGUGCGCUUACGAUAACAAAUAAUAGCGACUAAAUCGUCAGUCCUUUUAGAUAUCUGCAUACAUGUAUAGCCUCAACAUCUCAAGAACUGCUAACAGCCAAACGCUUCCAUCUCUUCUGCGUCAGAUGAAGUCUAUUCAUGAUCUCCGCCGUUUCGGACGUGCUAUAGCACGUACAGAGUCAAUUGAUUAUUUUCAGCUUAGUAGCGUGCAGAAUAGGCUUGUACUGGCCAACUUCCUGUAUCAAUUGUGCUUGGAACGCUGUGCAUAUGACGCUGCUGUCGGACUUAUUGAGAGAGAAAAAGAGAAGAAUUGCGAGCUGAUCCUUCAAAAGCUACGUACACAUCAUAGCUCUCUACUACCUGUCGAGACUAAGCACUAGGGCUUAGAGGAUCGUGUUCAACGCUUUGAUCUUUAUCGUUACCUGAUGAAUUGUGCAGCUUGACAUGUAACGUCCCCAUUAAUCUGGCAGCCACUGAAGAGAACACAAAACGUCUUGUAAUGAAGUCUCCAUUUGUUAUGUUCUGAUUGUAGCAAAGAAGAUAUUUGUGCCUUUUUUUCAGGUUAUGCAACCCGGGAGACAGCUACCUUACCUUGUAUAAGUAACCGAUGCAAAGAAAAAGUUUGCUUCGGGCAAAAUUCAUAUGGUUUCGCGUCCUACGAACGCAUACCAAUCGGGUCUUGAUUGUUA